AAGCAGUUCAACAAAGUUCGCUUUUUUCCGCUGUGCGACUUCGCGCUAAGAGGAAACAGUCGCUUCUUGUCCGUGCAAAAGAUGUGGACGAACAAACCUGCUCUGGCUGAGUGUAACACAGUCAGGCUUGAAGUCACAGAUACGAGCAAAACGAGCCUGUUGUAAGGAAGGAACAUGUAUCUAUGGCGCUUCUCCAUCGCCAUAACCCUCGGCUUGGUUUGGUAUUGCUCAGACUACGGACACACACUGAUUGAGUGCUUAUGCUUUCUUUUUUGCAUUUACACCCCGCUGCUGCCUGCAGUCAGCGGGCGAGAGAGCGGCACACAGACGGACGAAGAGGCGAAGGACGACACAGUUCAGGAAACUGCUGUCGAUAACUUGAUUGAUGGAGACACACCGGACCUGGCUGUGUCGCUGGAGUCUCCGUAUCCACAUGUGAAGAGAUCUUUACAGCAAGUGUUUGAAUGCGCCUACGCUCAGCUGGUCCUGCCUUGGUACACCGUCCCUGAGUCGUGCGAGCAGCAGCCCCUGCACCAGGUUCUCUGCAGGGAAUUCGACUUUGUAAUCGACCGCAUCAUUGAAAGGGCCAAAGACUUUGAUGUCUCCCACGCAGUCGUGGGCUCCAUUCGGAUUUUGACCCAGCACUUGCAUAAUGUGAAGCAGUCUGACAGACAGCUCUUGUUUAGGUCCAGAGCAGAGGAGAUUGUAGUUCUCCGAGAGCUUUCUGAUGCUCUGGUACGUAACCUUUUUCGCAAAUCUCUCUGGGGCCAAGAAGUCAACCGCUGUGCCUUAAAUGAGAUCAUUGCCUUAAAGGGAUUGGGACAUUUGGUUGCAUGGCUGUCUGACCCUGACAAUCUGAACCAGCUAGUGGUGAGCCAGCUUGCCAUCGUGACACCCAAAAACUCUGUGGAGGAGCUCUAUGGAUCAGACACUGAAAAAGCCUCUCUGGCUUCACAGGAGAGCAAAGGCGAGGGGGGAGAUAGUGAUGUGAGCUCGCACGGCACAGGGAUUUCAGACGGCACCAGGACCAAGGGUAAAAGGAAAGGCAACAAGUUAAAGGAAGGAUGGUCAAAGUUUGUGGACAAGAUGAAGUCCAAGAAAGCCAAAAAAAAGAAGAUGAAAAAGAUGGAGCAGAAGCGUUUUCUGAAGAUCACAGCCUACAUGGGAGACUUGUCCAGCGAUGACAAUGUCAGUAGCAGGGAGGGCUCCAUUCGCAGCCAGGAGGAGGAAGACUCUGACGGGGAGGAUGGCGAUAUGGAGGACUACCUGACAGCCGUCCAGGAGGACAUGAUCGAAUUCAAGCUGUCAUAUGAGAUGUGGCGUGUUGGCCGCUGGGCUGUCAGCAUCCCGAAUGCUGACUGGGAGGAUGAGAAGCUAAUCUUCACUGUUCACCUGGAGGAAAAAGACAGUCCUGAGAACCUCCAAUGGGACAUCAAGAAGAGCUACAUGGAUAUUGUACACUUCAGCAACAGAUGGCAGGACUCCGCCAGCCUACCCGGGGUCUUGGUGCUGGAGGAGAUGGACGGCAACGAUAAAGUUAAAGAAGAAGCUAGAGUAUCAGUGGAGCACUUCCUGCAAGAACUGGUGUCAGAUAAUCUGAUCGGUCACACUCAACCGGUAUUUCAGUUCCUCUGCCCCCUUGACAAACUCCUGAAUGAGAAGAAACAUUAUGGUGGCGUUUGGGGCCUGCUCAGCGGCUUGGCUUACUUCCUCACUCCCAGCUACGAAGAAGAUGAGAACUCGAGCAUACAGCCCGGAGCCCCAGAUGAAAACACAAUGUCAUCUCUGCAUCUAGAAUCAACAGCUCAGUCUUUGGAGAACCACAGUGCCUCUGAUAUCCCCAGUCAAACUCUUCCAUCUAUUGUUAUCUCCCAGUACGAUUCCCCUUUAGAACUGCCUGAGGAGACUGAAAUUAAUCCACAGCCUUCUGUUGACUCAAAGUCCUCAAAUGAAAAUGGCUCCCAAGAAAAAAAUGAGGACUCUGAUAAUCCCUUAACCUCUCACUUGAAAACACUCCUCAAAGGAUUUGGCCGAUAUAGAUCACACGAGUCUCUGGCCUCAACAAAAAACGGCAGUGACGAAGACGUGCCCGACUCGGGGUUGCAGCGGGAGGGUCCAGAGGGCUCGUCGCGGCUUCACUUCAGUGCGAGGCCCAACAAAAAGGAGAAAACGUGUUUUAGGUCCGGAGGACUGAACAAGGCGAAGGGAAAGGAGGCACAGGCUACACUGCAGAGAGGGGACAACUCCCAGACUCUAAAGAACCAAGUCAACAGGGAACAGCCGGAGGCGACCAAAGCCAUAUUUGAUCUGCUGAAAGAAAUAUCCGGAAACUCCAUCCUCAUAAAUAUCUUCGAUACUGUUCUGAAACCUUUUAUGCCCAUUUUGAAAAAGAAAGUGAACUCCUUCCUAAGAAAGGUGAACCCAACACAGGUGCAGAUGGCUGCGUACAUCGACAAUCUGCGUAGCAAACUGUGGCCAGAGUCUCCUCCACCAACGCCUCAUCCUCCUCGUACCGAUGAGGAGAAGGACGAGACCAGGGAUCGAGCGCAUAACCUCAUCAAUGCCAAAUAUUCAAAUGUUUUGGUCCUGAAGAAGACAGAUGUGGAGUCUGUUUUCAAUCUUUUCCAGGACAGAGAGGAAAACAAAACCCUGGUUUAUAUGCUCCUGUCAUUUCUAUUGAGAGAAUUUCUCCCCAGUGAGUUUUCACUGAAUGCGAGUGCUGCUGUUCUGCAAAAAGUGACCAGCUCUACCAGCUGACCGCCUGUUUUUACCUGUGCUGAAGUUUUUAAAGUAUCCAGUUAUUUAUUAAUCAUCUUAAAAUGCCUUAAAACGUUUGAGACCACAUGUUUCGCAGCUUUUUCAUACGUAUAGAAUUUUUACCGCAAAAGUACUGUGAAUAUUUUGUAUUGUGAACUGCUUUUGUAUACCUUCACAUGUCAGGUUAAUGAAUUGUGACUGGUGUGUACUGAAAAACAUUCUUUGUGGAAGCCAACUUUGAAUAUUUAACUUUUAUUGUUGACCUCGAGAGAAGGUCACCUAUACGUUAUAUUUCCAGGUUGAAUUUCACUCUUCAUGAUUUAAUAGAUUGUUUUUCAAAAAAAUGUUUUCACUUUGAGAAUUUCUGUAUGGUUUAUACUCUGUCAGAGUUUUAACUUUUUUCAACUAUUGUGGAAACCGAAUAUCUCACAAUUUAAAAUCGCCUAAAUGUGUCAAAACCCUGCCAGCACUGCUGUCAGUGGAAAUUUGAAAUUAUGCAAAUGUGAAUUGUUCAGAAUAAAAUAUUUUAAUAAAGGUUA